AAAUCCCGUACCAUUCUUCUCGGCCCACUUUGAUCUGUCACUCUUCCAGCAUCUCGCUCGCCGCUCGCGCCGCCUCCCUCGCCGCCGCCGCCAUCCCCAUCUCCGCCGCAACCAAGGCUUGAGGCUACUGGCCGUGGAGGGGGAACCCAAGAGCGAGCCGCGGGCGGGGAAGAGAGGAGGGAUCUAGGCGAGAGAGAUGGGGUGGAAGGCUGCCGAGAAGCUCAUCAGGCACUGGAAGAUCCUCCGCGGUGACAACGUGAUGAUUAUAAGAGGCAAGGACAAGGGGGAGAGCGGGCUCAUCAAGCGGGUCAUCCGGUCGCAGAACCGUGUCAUCGUCGAGGGAAAGAAUUUGGUUAAGAAACAUAUCAAGCAAGGAGAAGGACAUACAGGUGGGAUUUUCUCAAUUGAAGCUCCACUUCAUGUUUCAAAUGUUCAAGUACUUGAUCCAGUCACUGGGAAACCAUGUAAGAUUGGAUACAAGUAUUUGGAAGAUGGGACUAAAGUCAGGUUUGCUAGAGGAAUGAAUGCAUCUGGUGCUGUGAUACCCAGGCCAGAAAUUUUGAAGGAGCGAAGAAAGCCAAGACCUACAUCACCUGGCCCAAAGGAUACACCAAUUGAGCAUGUGCUGGAGAAAACCUAUGAUGCCAAGGCUGGAAUUGGGAUGCCUGAUCUAUAGGCUAGUUCUGUCUGGGUUGCUACUCAGGGAGAGUUCAUUGUAUGUGUGACAACACCCCAGUUCAGAUAGCAGGAAGUCUGUCCUCAACUUUGCACCUGUAUUGCUCUCGAAAUAAUUUUGUAAUGGUCACUGAAAAAGCAUCACCCGCAUGUUUUUAGUCUCUGUUUUGGUUAGAUUCUUUAUCCCACUGGAAAUGCACAUACAUUUGGCAAAAAAAGUUCAAAUCAUAUAUUCUGUUCUGAUGA